CCCAUACUUGCAUUGGAGAAACCGAGGGAAAAUGACAUUUAUCACUAAACAAAGAAUAAUAAAUUUCCAAACCAAGAAUCUCUCCUUAUAUUUAGCCACAAAGCCUCCUUCUCUGUCUUUCCAAAUCCCAUACAAAUGGCAACCUCCGCCUUCAAAUCCCCUUUCAGACGAGGUACAGCGGCAGAACCCAAAGCCCCUCCCUCACGGCGGCGAUCCCACAGCGUCAGCGCAGUUUCCCGGAAAUCCCACCCCCCACUCAACAACAGCAUUCCGAUCGCCGCCGAUUUUUCCAACAGUAGAGAAAACCCUCUUUUCUGGGCUACACCUUCUUCACCACCCGCCGGAGAAGAAAAUGGGAACACAGCCGCAAUCGCUGCUAGAGAUAACAAACAACCGUAUUCCCCGAACGCAAGAAAUUCAACAAACGGCAAUGGCGGCAGCAGCAAAUCUGUUGGCGAGCAGAGGGGCCGCUCAAUCACACGGAGCUUCAGCGAAAACAACGGAAUCGGCCGCAGUUUGUCGAGGGUUCGGCGGCGGUCUGCGUCGAGAGCCCCUAGUAAAGGAGCUUAUGAGAGCGAAAACGAUCAGGUUAUGGUAGCAUCGAUUAAAAAGAUCGGUAAUGGUAUGAAUAGAAAUAGCAUAGUUAAAAACAGGGUAGAAAAACGCGGCCAUGCAAAGGGUAGAGGAGUAAUUUCAUCUCAGAAUCGAGCGACAGAGUGGUCUGAAGAUGAUUCUGCUUGCAGUUUGCAAAUAUCAAAUUUGGAGGACGGAAUUUCAGUUGGUUCGUUAUCGGAAGCUGAAGAGUUGAGUGCUUUUCGAUGUAAUAAUGUCAAAAGUGUUACAGCUACAAACGUUGCUCGUAAGCCUUCGGAUUUAGUUAACCCCGGGACGGUUGAAUUGAUCUCAGACAUAAGAAGAGAAUAUUCCACAAAAUUAGAAGAGUCUGAAGAACGUGCUAGAAAACUUAGAGAGGAUCUUGCUAUUGAAGAGCAGCGUGGGCAAGAGCUGGAUCGAGUACUGACCGAGAUACUUCCCGAUCCAAAGACUUCUGCUAUACAGAGAUCUCGUCGAGAAAGAAGGACGAGCAAAGAAAGAAAGAGGAUGUCGAAACGCCUGAGUGAAGAAGCCAUGUCGUAUUUUGACGAGUGUGUGUCCUUGUCUACUUUUGAUAGCUCCGACUUGUCUGCGUCAGAAGACCUAUUUGUGGGUGUUUCGUCUCUGUUAGACGCAAGUCCAACCACUUCAUUUUGUUAUGACCAAAAACAGGUGCAGCCGCUCUAUAACCGUGAGGAUUCUGUAUUGACUUCUCAAUUUUACGAGUUCUCAUUCGCGGACAAAAAGCCAAAAAACGCCGAAUCUGAAGAAGAAAUCAAGAAUUACAUCAAGAAGUUAGAGAGAGGCACUAAGAGAAACGAUGACUUGGAGGCCACAAUAUCGUACUACGAUGCUGGAGAAUAUAGCCGAGUCGAAAGUGUAUUAUUAAUGGACAGGGUAAUGUACAAGAGCAGCAUAGAGUCGGGGGGCUUACUUUUAUGUGGAGGCGCCAUCUCGGUUUUUCCUUUCGGCUCGGUUAUGUGAAGUGUUUCGUUUUCCAAUAAGCAGCGCGAAGUAGUGUUUUUGUAUAUGUAAAAUGAUGUCUUCUUGUCUAAGUGUGGCAUGGUGAGUGAGGUGCAACCCCUCUUGUCUGUGGCUGUAAUAAGCACUGUCAUGAUCAAUUGUAUAAAUAUUUUUAGUGUUUAUAGAGUACCU